AAAAUACACUCAAACGACUCUAGUGUAAAGGUUGCUUUACUGCCUUUAAUGUUUGACAGGUGUACGUGCAAAACACAAAUUGUGUAGGCCGAAUAAAAUACCUUGAAUUGAUUACGUUUGGUCCAUUUGACCGUUGGCAUUUUCUAAAUUUUUUGCGAUAUUUUUCUCAUCGAAUUUAGCUUUGAGGGAGUGAAUACAAAUGGUUGCAAUGAAUGUGGCACUUUCUGACGCACUCGGUGAGUUGACCAUACGAAUCGGAAUCACACAUGUUCUGUUGUGCUCCGAUUGUUCGCUGCGCUCGCUCGACGUUGGCAAUCUGCUGGCAAACCUGGCAUUUUCUAACUGGCAAGGUUAGAUGAGGAAACGAGCCGAUCUCCAGCAUUUUGUGGGAUAGUGCUGCUAUACCGGAAACAGUGUGACCUGUCCCGCUGAAGCCGUAAUUAAAUAAAAUGGGGAUGAUAAUAGCUAAGUUUCGGAAGAAGAAGAGUAAUAGUGACCUCUUAGAGAAAAUUGAUAAGGAGAUCACCUCAAUUGAAAACUUCCAAAGAAACACGGAGCAGCAACGAAAACGCAUUGUUGGUUCAUUCCUGGUGGCAUCUGUGGGCAUAUACAUUCUCUCUGCAGUUGUAUUCUACUUCUUUUACUUUUAUCCACAGAACUUCAAAGAGCGAUUGCUUUAUUUGGUGCCAUUCAUUUUAGCCCCUACAUUCAUAUUCUUUAUGAAACGUACUAUAUCAUGGUACUUCAAUAGAAAACUAACAAAGAAUCAGAAGAAAAUGGUGGAUUUGAGAAGUGAAAAGAAGAAAAUACUUGAAAAUAUUAUGGAAACUGAAACCUACAAAGUGGCAAGAGGUUUACUAGAGAAAUAUGCACCAGAACAAGUAAGAAGAGUAAACAUUGGACAAGAAUUGACCCCUAUUCGAAACACGUCAGUUGCUGCAAUGACGCCGUCCAACCAAGCAGGUUUGCGAAAUCGGAUUCCACCAAACAGCGGCAUGUCCCUGAAAUCAAACAUAACACAAACACCUUUAAUGAAUGCAAAAGGCCCGGGACCUUCACAGCUGUCAAUGGCGACACCUUUUAAUAGAAAUUUGAUGACUGUUGCGCCAACGCCGAUUACACCAAUCCCGCGUUAUAUCCCGUCGAAAGAUCGCACCUUCCUGGAUAAAGUAGUCGACUAUCUUAUCGGCGACGGGCCCAACAAUCGCUACGCACUGAUUUGCAAACAAUGCUCGGGUCACAAUGGUAUGGCAUUAAUGGAUGAAUUUGAGUACGUUUCAUUCAAGUGCUGCUACUGCAUGGCUGUUAAUUCUGCGCGUAAAGUGCGCCCCAUCGCCCCGAAGCUGCACUUCGAUAGUCCCGAACUACCGCAAUUACCAGCACCAGUCUCGGAUCAAAGUGGCACGUCGGAAUCGGAAAAGAAUUCUGGUAGUGAUACAGACGCUGAAGACGCGGAUGUUCGCCCCACGCCUACUCUGGAAACACUCUUCCGCAAGCACACCGAGAGCAGGGGUGUGGGCAAUGACGAGGCUACCGUGUCGUCCGACAACGAGCCGAACGACUUCGACAAGCUCUCCGACCUGGAGAGUCGCGAUUCGGAAGUCGAGGCGCAGCCGGUGAAUGCCACGCAGACAAUCGAAUGAACAUCGAAGACUGAUUUAUUGCUAACUUGUAAUAAAUUUUGUACAUAUGUCGUAACAUUAACACACGCGCAAAAUCGAACACGUACGAAUCAAAUUCGCUUCUCUCCCCCACAUUUAUUUUCUGCUUUCUGUCUCUUAGCGCUAUAUAAAUUUCUCGUUCACUAUCGUUUAUGUUGUGUUAAUUAUUCACUAUUGUUGAAUCGUUUCGAGAAUAUUUAUUCAAGUUGAUAUUGUAACAUGACUAACGUAUAAUACUGCUCCUGCUAGAAUAUUGCAUAUUUCGUGAAACGGAUUGUCGUUUAUCUUUUUGUAAAAACAUGUGAUUUAUUUAUAUUACACGGGAAUGUUUAAUGCUGA